UCACCAUAAGUAAAGACACCCAAGAUUUUUACACAUUGGCUGCUAAUGACCCAAACUAUCCGUUAUUCAAAAGUAUUGCUGGAAUCGAUUCAGUACAACCAAUUGGUCCAGGACAGAGGUAUCCCAAAACACAAGGAUAAUAAAAUGCCGAUAACUAUCACCGAAAACCUGACGAUUAAGACAUCCAAGAAUGGCAACAAACAUAAGACAACUGUCCCUUCCGGUGGAACUACUCAACAGUCGGUCACCACUUUGGGAACGACAUCUAAUUUAAGACCUUAUACCGAUAAUAUAGAUAAUCCUACAUCUAAUAAACAGACCUUACCAGUUCACGUAAGCAUUGGGUUCCGAGCAAACAGAUUACCCAAAGGCAAGGACGCAUACUUAGCCUGCUCAUACGAUAACCCGGAUAAACCAUAUGAAUUAUCAGAAAUUAACAUUUAUAAGGUUGAGUUUCACAAGAUUAAAGGCAUCAACAAAAUAGCCAAUAAAUACGAGUCGAGACAGCAGUUGAUUGAAUUAAAAAUUAGAAAUGUUCAGAAAGACACGUUUGGCGAGUAUACGUGCAAGGUCACCUACCAUCAAAAUGGUUUACUCAAAAAUUGUAAAUAA